AAGAACAUCAAUGUUUAAUUUGUAAAAAAUAAAAAAAUGACUGGUUUAUGGAUUUUAGUAUUAUUCAUCACCAUACUUUAUAUAAUCCACUCUGGUUGGUGCCAGGUUACUGCACAAUCUCUUAAAAUAAAAGUUUAUCAGCCUGAUAAAGAACUGAGCGUGGACGUUGGCAAUCAGGCGAGAUUACAGUGUUGUGAUUUUGAACAGAACAAUGGAGAAAUUAUUUGGUUUAAACAACAAAACAGCAAACUGUCUCAGAUUAUGGUCAGAUCCUUUCAAACUGGUGGAGAAAAGUUUUACAAUGAGUUCCAAAAUUCUCGUUUUCAGAUUAAAAAAUUGGGCAACUGUUUAAAUUUGACCAUUUCAAACAUCACACUGUCUGAUGAAGCAAUAUACUACUGUGCACUCAUGUUUCCAGCUGGAACAUAUUUAAAAAUUACAGGUGAGCAUGGUACUAUUGCAUCAGAAACAUCUGAACCAACUCUGUGUGAUAAAUCAGUGGGAGGUGAAACAGCACUGCGUGAAAACACCACUAACAUGAACAUACAGAAGAAGACAGUACUCGGUUUGGGAACGGCUUUGGGCUUUUGUGCGCUCCUGAUUUUCUGUCUCACUUAUUUCAUAUUGUGGAGAAGAAAAAAGAACGCCUUUGUUAAAGACUCUCCAGAAAUAAGUCAGAAAUCUGAUGAUGAAACAUUGAAUUAUUCAGCUUUACAAUUCACCAAGAGGAAAGCCAAAGCUGAUAAAAAGAAAACAGACUUAUCAGAGGAGUGUGUGUACUCUGGUGUAAAAUAAAACUGUGACUUCAUGCAGCUUUAAUGAGGACAGGUUUUAAUUCUCACCUUGUCAUGAAACAACUGUGCCUUUAAAUUGCAUUAUUUAACCUUAAUAAACAGUGUACAUAAUUGUAAUUGAAAACAAAAGACUUUUGUGUUGCACAAGUGUUGACCUUAAUUCAGAUAAGUGUAAAAAAAAAGAAUCCAGUUAGACAGAUACAUAAACAUGUAGA